UUAGUACGUCAAAUAGUAGUCUCGUGAAACGCGUAGAGUGCCGAAACUCUUAUUUAGAACGUAAAAUAACCACACUUACACAUCAAAUAAACACAAAGUGAGAGUAAUCUUUUGUGUAGUUGCCGCUAAUAAACAUAUUUAUGAAUAACUAACCGCGUUGGUGAACAAACAAAAAGGCGGGGAAAAUCAGUGCCAGUGACGAAUUAUACAUCUAUUUAUAGCCAGACCUAUGGCGCGAUGUUUUCUUGCAUAGAACCGUGUUGCGUCUCGUAAAAAGAAUUCUUAUUGGUAUUUUACGACGGAUACAACAACGUUUGUACUCUAUUGUCUUAUUACUUUUUAAUUAUUGUCGUUUGAUUGUUGCAUAGAAAACCCAGCCGCCUAAACAAGUUUGACAGCUCACAGAUGCACACAUACAAAUGACUUUUUGCGCAUGUGUGCACAAAUCGAGCAGUGAUGUGAAAUUCUUGCGUUAUCGAUUAGUAAGAUAAUUUCAAGGGCGCACAUACAGUACCUUGAUGUACGUUUUGUUUUAUGAAAUUGAUAUGAGGAUGCUCGAGUAUCAUUCGAGUUAAAUCAUCACUGAUACUCUAUUACUUACUGAUUAAUAAUACAUAAUAAAAUGGAGUCCCCUCAGAUUAAUUUGAAAGAUAAUGACGAAGCGACACGCAGUACAUCAACUACAAGUUCUAAUCAGCUUUUUAUGGCCGAAAGCUUUGAUUUAACUGAUGACACAUUCCGCAUGAGUUUAGACUACAUUUCCGUUAUUGGAGAAAAUGUUACGAUAGGAGAAAGAGAUCCAUCUGUCGACAAUGUAACUAACAAUAUGGUUCUUGAACCACAAACUCCUUGCAAUACUCCUUUAGAGGAUGAAAAGACAAAAAUGACGUUAUUAACUGAUUAUAUUGAUAUAGUAGAAGACAGAGAUGUCGCUAAUGUAUCUAACAAAAUCGUUGAUGUAACACAAACGCCUUGCAAUACUCCUCUUGAAAGUGAUAUAACUCUUACGCCGCCAAAAAUGACAACCGCAAUAAAGUUGCCUAUUGACAUAGAAGAAAUAGAUCUUUCUAUUGAUGAUAAUGUAUCUAAUACAACGUUGAAUGAAACACAAACACCUUACAAUACUCCUGUAGAGGGUGAUAUAACUCUCACACCAACAAAAAAUACUGCAACAAAGUUAAUGCCUAUUAAUACUGAUACUGUAAAAGAAACAGAUCCUAUUGAUAACGUAAAUAAAAAAAUGGUUACCGAAACACCUUGUAAUACUCCAAUAGAUGGAGAUUUAGCCCUUACGCCAGCAAAAAUGACUACUCCAACAAAGUUAAUGUCACCUAUUGAUACACCAAAACGCACAGAUGAAACGCAAGGAAGUGGUUCUAAAGCGCACACUUUACUAAAGUUAUCAUUAACUAAAAAUAAGGACGACAUAUUUGUCAAACCAUCUCCAGUGGCAGAAGUAAUGUCUCCAGCGAAAAUGUUGCAAUUCGAGGUUGACGCUGCGAAAUGUCCAACCCCAACUAUGAAGAGAGCGGCAAUAGACUUCAACUUUUUCAACGAGAACAACUUUGAAGAGUAUUUCGUUGAUGUGCCACAAGUCAAAGAGAUAAUUGAAGAAAAGGAUGCAAAGGUUUUCAAAGAAACGCCGGUUAUUGUCAAGGCGAACACCGUUCGGCAUGAAAUUGGAUAUGUUAACCUAAACGGCGCUUCAAAAGUGGACAUAUCACAUUUCGACUUGCUCAAAGUCCUUGGCACUGGAGCUUACGGCAAAGUGUUCCUAGUUAGAAAAAGAUGCGGUGUCGACGAAGGAAAGUUAUACGCAAUGAAGGUGCUCAAAAAAGCGUCCAUAGUACAGAAAUUAAAGACUGCCGAACACACGCGGACGGAAAGACAAGUCCUGGAAGCGGUGCGGGCGUGUCCCUUCCUCGUCACACUGCACUACGCCUUCCAGACUGACGCCAAACUGCAUCUCAUACUUGAUUAUGUGGCGGGCGGAGAGCUGUUCACGCACCUGUACCAGCGCGAACACUUCCACGAAAAAGAAGUUCGGAUAUACAUCGCUGAGAUCAUACUGGCUUUGGAGCAGUUACACAAGCUCGGCAUCAUCUACCGUGACAUCAAGCUAGAAAAUAUCCUCCUGGAUGCGGAAGGCCACAUAGUCCUCACAGACUUUGGGCUCUCCAAGGAGUUCUGUGGCGGGGAGAGUCGGGCGUACAGCUUCUGUGGCACUAUCGAGUAUAUGGCACCAGAGGUGGUCCGGAGCGGCAGUCAGGGGCAUGAUAUUGCGGUUGACUGGUGGUCGGUCGGCGUGCUAACCUAUGAACUGUUGACGGGGGCAUCCCCUUUCACGGUCGAAGGAGAGAAGAACACCCAGCAGGAAAUCACCAAGCGCAUCGUGCGUUGCAGUUACCCCGUGCCGAACGAUGUCAGUCCCGAAGUGCAGGACUUUAUCAAAAAAUUGUUAGUCAAAGACCCGCGACGUCGUCUCGGCGGCGGUGAAGGAGAUGCGGAAGAACUGAAGAGGCAUCCAUUUUUCCAGGACCUGGACUGGGAGGCCGUGUCCCGGCGGGAAGUGGCGGCGCCGUUUGUCCCACAGCUGUCCCAUGCGGCGGACACCUGCAACUUCGCUGAUGAGUUCACGCGCAUGCCUCCUACGGAUUCUCCUGCGCAGGCGCCCAAGCAUUACGAUAAACUAUUCCUUGGUUAUUCGUAUGUGGCGCCCAGUAUACUGUUCUCGGAGAACAUAAUCUCCGACCAGAUUUGGAUGCAGGCGACCGGACAGAAACACGAUAAGUUAAAAGGAUGGGUUGCAAAGGAUUCACCGUUUUUCCAAAAGUACGCCGUGGAUCUAAGUACGCCUCUACUAGGCGACGGAUCUUACGCUGUAUGCCGGAAAUGCAUACAUCGACAGACGGGAAAAGAAUAUGCUGUUAAGAUAAUAUCAUCACAAAAGAAGGACGUCAAACAAGAAAUAGAAUUGUUAAAAGCGUGUCAAGGAUGCCCCUACAUCAUCACAUUGCAUGAAGUUUUCUACGAUUCGGCGUUCACAUACAUAGUAACGGAACUAGCAUCGGGCGGAGAGCUCUCCUCAAUAAUAGGGACUGCGGGAGAGAGAAUCGCGAGGAGACUUCUCGUUCAGCUCGCCUUGGCCGUGCGGCAUAUGCAUGCGAGGAACGUCGUGCAUAGAGACAUCAAACCUGAGAACAUCCUCCUGAGCAGUUGCCGACUGAACGAGGCUAAAGUGAAGGUGGUGGACUUUGGCUUUGCGCGACGGCUGCCCGACUGCGUCGACGACCGGCAACGGAUGAUGACGCCUUGCUUCAGUUUGCCCUACGCGGCACCAGAAGUGGUGUCAUGUAUUCGAGGCGGGUCCGCCGCGGCGGGCUACGGGUCUGGUUGCGACUUGUGGAGUCUUGGAGUUAUUUUUUACUGCCUACUGUGUGGAAAGGCGCCGUUCCAACCUGUCUCCAAAAAGGAGCCGGUCACAGCUUUUAUGGAUAGAAUCAGAUCCGGAAGCUUCUCUAUGGAGGGUCAAGUCUGGGAGGGUAUUUCCUGUGAUAGCAAGCGUCUAGUGUCCGGCCUUUUGGCGGUGGAGCCCUCUGAAAGGCUGACCGUUACGGAGCUCUUGCAAGAGUUGGGAGUCAACUGUUCCGAUGCUAACAACUUUAAACUACAGGACAUGACAAAAGCGGAUCUCUACAAACGCCGUAGCAAAAACAAGCAACGGAAAUCCAGCACCUCCGAACCAGGUACAUCCACACAAACAGACAUACCUAUGGACUCGGACGAAUCCAAGGAGGCCUCCCUAAUAGAAACAAUAACCAAUUUGAAGAAUAGAAUGCAUAAAAACUCCAUAGAGAACGACGUAGAACUAAUAAAGGCUAACACUUUAGACACUCCUGUAAUCGAAAGUACGGAACCCAAUUUCGAUGACAACGAAGAAAUACCAUCCGUCAAACCCGUAGAAAAGACUUACGCAAAAUCUAGAUCCAAAUUAGACGAAUAUAUCUAUAUAGAAAGCAGUCAAGGUUUAGAAGGAACUGAGGUAGCCUUCCCUAAAACUAGUAGAACUAAGAAAGAGCCCGAGUCACCCGUACCACGGAAACGUAGGAAAAUUGAUACAAGGUCAGCUAAGAAGAAAGUUAACGGCGAUGCUUCAGAAGUCAUUAAUACAAGACAGUUGCGUAGUAAAACCCCAGAGAAACGUGGUAGGGGACGGCCAAGGAAGGUCCCACAAAUAGACACGGAAAAACCUACUAGGACAACCAAAGAAUCUAUAGAGAAUGACAAAACUAUUGUCACUAGAUCAACUAGGAAGCGACGGUACGAAGAAGCGAUUGUCAACAAACCGGUUUUAAGGGAAAAGGGCCAGAAUGGUCGAAAAAGUAUCGCCGAUACGAAAGUCGAAACUAGAAAAGUGGUGAAGGCCAAACGAAAUUUACCACCAUUGAAAAUAGAAAAAGUAGAAAAGACAGAACAAGAAGAACCCCAAAAUGUUAGAAUGACACGUUCUAGACGUAGAAGACUAGAAAUCAGUCUUUCUCCCUCCGAAGUUAAAAGUCUCAUACCCGCUUUCUCAUUCGAAUCUGACCGUCGAGUCGAUUCCGUAGAAUCGAACCGAUCGAAGGCAUCUAAUACCAAAGGCAAACGCAAAACAACCGUUAAACCUAAAGCUAAACAAAAUAAAACGAAGAAACCCCCGGUACGCAACGUACGUACCCGCGCGACGCGUAGGUGAAACCGCGUACCGGUACGAUAAAUUACUAUAGGUAUAUAAUACGUCUUUAUUAAAUAAAGUCCCGUCUAACUAACGCCAUCUGUGAGGUUAAUGUAAGAUUUUACAUCUCGCCUUUAAUGGAAUUCGAGUGUAAACAAUAACGUCACAGUAAAAUGGAUCUAAAAAUCCUUGACUUAAAGUCAAAAAUUCAGUAUCACCGAUUUUAUAUUCGCAACAUUUUCGCUUGUAACGUCUAUAGAUUUACGAACGAAUUUGGGCUUUAAAACAAGGCUGUUUGAGUCUAUUUUUCUUUGACGCUAAAGUCUUUCGACGCUCGAAUUUUAUCUAACAUUUGGUGAGACGUAAAAUGUUAUACUAAGGCUUCAGUUAUCCUUUUUUAGACAUUUCGGUUAUAGUAUCCGUCAUGAAAGUUGAAAAAUGUCAAUGUUUAUACUAUACGGUCGAGUGAGUUUGACAUUGAACUUGUGCAGUGGGCGAUUUAUCUAUUUGUUGAUAGGAAAUGGGCAUUAAAGCACUGCUUAGGCACUAUACUCUUUUUCCGUGAAACCAACACUGUUAAGGUUACCCUUUUUUAAGUACUUCUUUUUACAAAAUUGUUCAUCUAAUAAUUAAGUAUUCUAUUAUUUAUCCUUAUAGAUCUUAAAUUAAGCCAGAUAUCGAUUCAUCUCUACAUUAUCUACGUAUAAAUUCAAACAACAUGGAAAAAUCUAUGCCAAUACUAAGCAAAAUAUAGUGCAUACAUUUUGAGAACUCACACGCCAUUAUUGCUGAUAUGCUUGCAUGUGACAGUCUGACAUGACAGUUGACACAUAGACCAAAAAUGGCGAUUCAAAAUGUAUACAGCAUAGCUUAUUUUUUUUAUUUUUUUCUUUCUCGUCUGGCUUUACAAAGAUUAGCCAAUGUCAGUUUGUAGUUAUUUGUAACACGUUCUAGCUUAUUUCAACUUUCACGAUGUGAACUAUAUCAUUUAUAUUUAUAGUCUGUAACGCCGGCAACUAUUAAAAAAAUAAUAUGGCGUCGCAGUCUAUGGCAACCUCGAUAAAUUCCAAAUAUGAAACGAGACAGAUAGUGAUUGAGUAAUAACUAAUAAUACAUAUAAAUAACUAAUAUUUAAAACAAAAUGGACGCUUGCUCAUGCAUAUUAUACAUAUAAAUAAAUAAAGAAAUUAUUUAUUUAAAAGAGUAAGUUAUAAUAUUUCUUCCUAGUUAGUUGCUGUAAUGUAGGUCGAAAUUAAUUAAUAAUUAUAUUUAACAUCGCGUCCUGAUUUCAGCUAGAUGUGAUGUGAUGCGAUUUAUAAAAAAGUAAAUAAAUUCAAAAUGGAGGACGACUGCCAUACUUAGAAGUAAAAUAAAUUUUUCUCUGCAUAUGAUUUGCGUCAUUUUGCAUUAAAUCAACUGCGAAUCGCAUCAAAUAACAUCUAAAAAUCGCAUCACAUCGCACGACAUUUUUGGACGAUUUACCUGUUUUUUAUUUUAUUUUAAUUUUAAUUCUUUUAUUUAAUGUUACUAUUAAUUAAUAAUUCACCUUUAGUUAUUAUUUCGCUCUAUUAUUACCAUUAGAGUUUUAUUUUUAAAAAUAAAAUACUUGUGUCGUUGGUUAUUGUGUAUUUUUUUUUUGAUAGUUAAAAUAAAUAAUUGACAUAAUUAAUUAAAAUAGGAUAAUUUUGAAUGUGUGGUUGUUGCACUUCAUCCCUUAGCAAAUAAUUUAAACAAACAAAUUUUAAUAGUAAGUUUUUUUAAUCAUACAUAAAACAGAAGUUUUUUAAACUUUUCUGAACGUUUGAGAUUGCUUUUUGAUUGAUAAAUUUUAAUUACCACGUAUUUUAUACAUCUGAAAGUGUUUUUGGUUUGUUCUUCAAUGACUCCGCAACGGAGCCGACAGAUCAUUGUGACAUUUAGCAUACAUAUAGUUAAACCCUUGAAAACUGACAUAGACUACUUUUUAUUCCAUAUACCCAAAGAGUUCCCACAGAACUUUUAAUACUAAAUCCAAGAGGUUGACGUUACAGGCAUGAGCUAGUAUAAUAUUUUAGUGGCGCAAGCACUAUGAUCUUAUGAAUGGGUGGUCUCUGGUUCAGAGCAGGUGGUAAUAGCUAAAAAUAUCACGCCGUUAUGAAAGAACACUUGAUACCAUUUCUAUGACCAUAUUGUUUUAAACUAGAUGAUACCUGCGACUUCGUCCGCGUGGAUUUAAGU